GAAACCCGGAAGUGAGAGAGCGCGGUUCCGAUGGGCGCGGUUCGGCAGUUUAAUGAGCUAAAGCCAGAACCGUCCAGGUUCUGGAAGCACCGGAACGGUUUCGAGAGGUCCAGCUGGACUUCCUGCAGAGCUUCGAUGGCCCCCCGUCCUCAGGACCCUGAAAGCAACACGCCGUCACGUGACGGUUGGCUCAUCAUGGCGGCUCCCUCCGGACGGUGUCUCCUCCUGAUUCUCCUGCUGUUCUGCUGCGGUUCUGGUUGUGGUUCUGGUCUCAGAGCGGCUGAGGCAGAAGAGGCGGAGGACUGCAGACACCUGAGGCUGGGACAGUAUCUGUGCAGAGACCCGAAGAUCGAUGAAUCCACACAGGAACCGGAGAACUGUCGGAACGGCGUGGCGUUCGUGGACUGUCUGCCCGCUCCAAACGUCACCUGCCGGCUGUCCAACGGAACCGAGGUUCGGUUCAGCGGAGACGAGGUCGGCUUCAACAGAACCAUCGCCUGCAGGAACGUGACUGGAUAUUCAUACAAGGUUGCCGUGGCGCUGUCUCUAUUCCUGGGCUGGCUGGGAGCGGACCGGUUCUACCUGGGAUACCCGGCCCUCGGUCUGCUGAAGUUCUGCACCGUGGGAUUCUGUGGGAUCGGCACUCUGAUCGACUUCAUCCUGAUCGCCAUGCAGAUGGUGGGCCCGGCGGACGGGUCCAGUUACAUCGUGGAUUUCUACGGCGCCCGUCUGACUCGGCUCUCCAUCACCAACGAGACGUUCAGGAAGCCUCACCUGGCACUCUGAUCGCAGCCGGACCGGACCGCGCAGCCUUUAGGUGAAAGAGGAGCAAUUGGGUCUUCAUCACUCGUCACAUUCCUGGAGGACCGACCCGAGUGACCCCUCCACGUCUCCUCCUUGACCUCCACGUCUCCUCAAUGACCCCUCCAUUACCUCCAUGACCCCUCCAUGACCUCCAUGUCUCCUCCAUGACCCCUCCAUGACCUCCACGUCUCCUCCAUGACCCCUCCAUGACCUCCAUGUCUCCUCCAUGACCCCUCCAUGACCUUCAUGUCUCCUCCAUGACCUCCAUGUCUCCUCUAUGACCCCUCCAUGACCUCCACGUCUCCUCCAUGACCCCUCCAUGACCUCUACGUCUCCUCCAUGACCCCUCCAUGACCUCUACGUCUCCUCCAUGACCCCUCCAUGACCUCUACGUCUCCUCCAUGACCCCUCCAUGACCUCCACGUCUCCUCCAUGACCCCUCCAUGACCUCCACGUCUCCUCCAUGACCCCUCCAUGACCUCCACGUCUCCUCCAUGACCCCUCCAUGACCUCCACGUCUCCUCCAUGACCCCUCCAUGACCUCUACGUCUCCUCCAUGACCCCUCCAUGACCUCCACGUCUCCUCCAUGACCCCUCCAUGACCUCUACGUCUCCUCCAUGACCCCUCCAUGUCACUUCGUCAGAAGUUUUUCUGCUGUUUAAGUUAUUUGAAAUAAAUCAUUCUGAGUUGA